AUGAAGAAUAAAGAAGGUAAAUCAGCAAAAGAAAGAGAAAGACAGUUUUAUCAUUCAUUCUUUUCAGAUGAUAAGGAAUUUAUUAAAGUUUUUGAUCCUCAAUCGAUAGAUGACAUAAUUCCCUUCAGAAAGGAGAACUCAAAGAUGAAGACGAUGAAUGACACCUAUUUAAGAAAACUAUUCUUAUCAAAGAGGUUCUAUACAAAAUUUUCUAAGUAAAAAUAUGGAUAUAAUAAGAUAAUUUCAAAAAUUUGUGUUCAUGAUAACAAUGAAAAAAUCGAAAAUAUGACUAAACAGAUUAUUAAAUUAUUAUUACAAGAGAUUUUGGAAAAUUAAAAAGUUAUCGCAGAUUCCCUUAGAAAGACCAUGAAAUAGUUGAAUGUGAAGAGAGAGCCAAUGAAAUCCAUACUAAAUAUUCUAAAUAUUCAAAAUCCAUUAACAAUAACAAGAAUCUUUCACCAUUUGAUUCGCAUUCACUAAUAGUUUUGGAAAAUUCUCUGA